GUCAGCGCGCCGCGCCCGCCGAGGGAGGAGCGGGCGCCGGGGGCCGGCUGGCGCGGGGGCUCCUGUAACCCGGGCUGGGCGGGGGAGAGGAAGGGGCGGGGCAGGGAGCCCGCCAGAGUGCGGGGUCGCGGUGCGGACCUCGAGCACGAGCCCUAAAGACGCUCAGCACUCGUCGCUUCUCCUAGCAGACCCUGCCCGGCCUGGCGAUGGAGUUUCCGGACCUCGGCGCUCACUGUUCGGAGCCGAGCUGUCAGCGCUUGGAUUUUCUGCCGCUUAAGUGUGAUGCCUGCUCAGGCAUCUUCUGCGCAGACCAUGUGGCCUACGCCCAGCAUCACUGUGGAUCUGCUUACCAAAAGGAUAUCCAGGUACCUGUGUGCCCUCUCUGUAAUGUGCCUGUGCCUGUGGCCAGAGGGGAGCCCCCUGACCGUGCUGUGGGAGAGCACAUUGACAGAGACUGUCGCUCUGAUCCAGCACAGCAAAAACGUAAGAUCUUCACCAAUAAGUGUGAGCGCGCUGGCUGCCGGCAGCGAGAAAUGAUGAAACUGACCUGUGAACGCUGUAGCCGAAACUUCUGCAUCAAGCACCGGCAUCCACUGGACCAUGAUUGCUCUGGGGAGGGGCACCCAACCAGCCGGGCAGGACUUGCUGCCAUCUCCAGAGCACAAGCUGUGGCUUCUACAAGCACUGUCCCCAGCCCAAGUCGAACCAUGCCUUCCUGUACCUCUCCCAGCAGAGCCACAACCCGAUCUCCGUCCUGGACAGCCCCUCCAGUGAUUGCUUUGCAGAAUGGCCUGAGUGAGGAUGAAGCUCUGCAGCGGGCCCUGGAAAUGUCCCUGGCAGAGACCAAACCCCAGGUUCCAAGUUGUCAGGAGGAAGAAGACCUAGCUUUAGCACAAGCACUGUCAGCCAGCGAGGCAGAAUACCAGCGGCAGCAGGCCCAGAGCCGCAGCUCGAAGCCGUCCAACUGCAGCCUGUGCUAGGGCCCUGGGCUUGGGGAGGGAGGUUCACCUGAGGAGGACUGUGGCCCUCACACCUCUAGGGUACACAGGGAGAGGAGGCCCGGAGCACCCUGGAGGGCAGAGACAAGCGGGAGUGAUGUGGAGGUCGCCCUGGGAGCCUCUGGAAGGCCUUGCUAGUGCUCCAGCUGCAUGGAAGAGAGUGGCUAGCAACUGUUCCCUGGUUGGGCCCUCAGUGGAUGCUGGCCAGGCCCUACUCUCAGCCCCUUCAUCAUGUCAUCUCCCUUAUGCUGGAGCUGCCCCGAUGUGGAGUGGGCAGGAAGGGGCCUGGAAAAAAUAAAGGAUCUUGGCAGUUGAUAAAACGUACAA